CUUGGCCAAAGAGGUUAAAUCCCUCAGAGACGACAGAGUGCAGCCCGUGCUCAACCUCAUCAGAGACAAUUUCGCCGCCCUCGCCUCCGCCCCUCCCCCCGCCCCCGAUCAACACCAAUCCAGGCAUAAAAAGGUUAUGGCUGGGCUAUUUAUGAUGUGGCAGGAGGAUUUUUAGUGCUGAUGAUGUGGCAGUGGCUAGGCUAUGGCUGGGCUAUUGCUGGGCUAUUCCUAUUGUGGAUGGCCUAAUGGGAUAUUGACAUCUAAUUUCUGGAUUUUUUUCAAAAAAUUGUUUUCUCCCACAAAUUUUAAACUUAGCAUAUAAUAUCAUUAAUUUAAAUAGUUGUUCGAAUGUUUUCAACAGCGAAAAAAUCCAGUACAUUUCAUUUGUUAUUAUAAAAUAUGAUUACCACUUAAAAAUACUAAUAGUUAUGUGAUUUCAAAGUCUUUAGAAGUCUAUCCAUCUCAUUUAAUGUAGUAAGGUGGUAAAAAUACAACUACUAUUUAAAUUCGUGAUACUAUAGGAUUCAAAGUUUGUGGGAAAAUAAAUUUUUGAAAAGUUUCGUGAGAUUAGAGGUCAAUAUCCCUUUAUCAAUUAGAGAAACAAUAGAUGUUCAUUCAGAAAAUUUCUGACUCACAGCGCUUGUUUUAUACAGCAUGGCACUAAUGUCUAACGUAUCAAAAUUUAACUUUUGCUCAGGAUCAGUCCAUCAGACGAGAAAAAGUGGUGGGUUUCAAAGACGAGGAAGCAACGCUAUUAGGUUAUCUCAUGGAUGAGAAGGAGAAGCUUGAUGUCAUCUCCAUCAUCGGUAUGCCUGGCUUGGGGAAGACAACUCUGGCGUGGAAGAUUUUUGAGAAUGAACAGAUCUGUUUUGAGUUCCCAAUACGCAUUUGGGUUUAUGUUUCUCAAAGGUUCAACAGUCGGGAUGUGUUUCUCAACAUUCUGAGAAAAUUCACUAGCAACGACAUGUCUGGCCUUAGUGAUGAGGAGUUAGCCCAGUCAGUUCGUGUGUGCCUGUCCAAAGAGAAAUUCUUGUUGGUAAUGGAUGAUGUGUGGAGCCCUGAGGACUGGCAAGUCAUAAAAACUGUACUGCCUAGUAGCAAUAAAUUGAGUAAGGUCAUGAUCACGAGUCGUCUGAAAACUGUUGGUGAACGUGCUAAAGUUGGCCACUUCACGGAGCCCCACAAUCUGCGUUUCUUCAAACUGGAGGAAAGUUGGGAACUGCUCCAAUUGGAGGUAUUUGGGAACGAAGAAGGUUGCUACACUGACCAGUACAGGGAGUUGGUAGACAUUGGAAUGAAAAUAGCUGCCCAGUGUCAUGGAGUGCCUUUGACAGUUGUGGUGGUUGGAGGCAUUCUUGUAGAUUUAUUUGUCAAAACACAUGUAUCCCAUCUUCUGAAAAAGUUUUGGGAUGAUGUGUCUGAUAAUGUGAGCAAGUUUGCGCAGAAUAACGAGGAGAAGCGCAUAUCAGAAGCUGUUGAGUUGAGCUACAAAACAUUGCCCGAUCACUUAAGAGAAUGCUUUCUCUAUAUGGCUGUGUUUCCUGAAGAACACGUGAUCCCAGCUUGGAUGCUGACACGCAUGUGGAUUGCAGAAGGAUUCGUACUGCCUAAACAAGGAAGUUUGGAGGAAGCUGCAGAGCAAAAUUUAAGUGAUCUUGUCGGUAGGAACUUACUCAUGCUUGAUCAUAAAAACCUAAUGGGUGAAAUAAAAACAUGUCGUGUCCAUGAUAUGAUUCGUGAAUUUUGCAAAAACAUAGCUGUGGAGCAGAAGUUAUUCCAAGAGAUAAGGAAAAAUAAGGGAGUAUUUGAACCUCCUGUUUCUGAGGUCCAGAAGUUCCACCGUCUUUGUUUCCAUUCCGAUCUCCCCACAUUCUUCUCUAAAAAACCAAAAGGUCCUCAUGUUCGUUCCUUCUUAUGUUUCUACAAGGAGCCUGUAAACUUGGAAGACAAAUACCUACCAUCAAUUCCAGAUGCCUUCGAGUUGCUCAGAGUUUUAGAGUCAAUAUCCAUCAGAUUCCGUCAAUUUCCUGCAAAGGUGACCAAAUUGAUUCAUUUGAGGUAUGUCACUCUAUAUAUUGAGGAAUUCUCUAUUCUUCCGGAGCCCCUCUCCCAGCUAUGGAACCUACAAACUCUUAUUGUGGAGACAAAGUCCCGUUCCAUUACCAUGAAGGCAAAUAUAUGGAAGAUGUAUCGUCUGAGGCAUCUCAAGUUGAAAGCAGCCAUAGUCUUGGACCCAAAAUGGAAUGGUGAAGGUGGCGAAAACCUCCAAACACUCAGCAGAUUGGCACCCGAAUCUUACACAACAAAGGUUUCUGAAAGGGCCUGCAAUCUCAUUGAAUUGGGAAUUCGUGGUAAACUAGCCACUCUUUUUAGUGACAUGUCCAUGGAAAACUUGGGUUUUCUUGAAAAGCUGAAGCUGAUGAAUGAUGUACCUACUGACUCUGAACCUCUCCCUCGCCUCCCUCAGUCAAGUUCCUUCCCUCCAAAUCUCAAAAGGUUGACAUUGUCGAAAACAUUCCUUGAUUGGAAGCAUAUGUCCACAUUAGCUGAGAUCCAAAGCUUGGAGGUCUUGAAGCUGAAAGAGAAUGCAUUCACUGGAACCUCCUGGAAUGCUGCUGCUAGCGUUUUCGAAAAUCUGCUAGUCUUGGUCAUCAUAGAUGCAGAUAUAGUUUUGUGGGUGGUUUCAACUGACAGUUUUCCUCGUCUUAGCUCUGUUGUCCUUAAGAACUGUGACAAACUAGAACAUAUUCCAGUUGAGUUAGGCCAGAAGUUGAAGUUUAUGGAGAUUGAGCGCAUUCACAGAUCAGCAGUUGAAUCAGCCAAGAGGAUCGAGGAGGUAAAAAGGGAGGAGGAAGAGCGGAGACCCAAAGAGCGGGUUCAGUUCAAGCUCCAAAUCGGCCCUGGAUGUGGGAGGGGACCUAACUGAUUAAGAGAAAUACCAUCCAUCUUUACUAGAUUAAAGUUCAACGGAGACGCUCAAUUUCUUUCGGCGGUUGCAGACCGAUGUGUUGUUUGUUAGUUCACUGAUGCAAUUUGACAUGGUUUGAGGUUAUGUUUGUUUUUUACAAUGUUUGUUGUAUUCUCUACUUUUGAUAUUGUCUGAUCUGGAACUCUAGUUCGGAACUUAAUGUGAGUUAUGUUGUGAGCUUCGUCUCACACCAAUAAAUUAAACAACUUUUGGUGUAAGCUAUUUAUAAAAAUUGAGGAAUGUGAUGCUUUCUUAA